AUGUCGAAUCUCGAGCCAUUGCCGCUGCCCGAAGGCAUAUCAGAGGAUUACGCCGAUUGUACCUCAUCAUGCGGGCUUCGAUUUCACGUCCUUAAAGCCGGAAAGCCUGGCAAUCCAUUGGUCCUCUUUUGUCAUGGAUAUCCAGAACUGGCGUAUUCGUGGCGGCAUGUGAUGUACAAAGUCGCGGAGGCGGGAUAUUACUGCGUGGCAAUGGAUCAGAGAGGCUACGGACGAACCACUGGAUGGGAAGACAAGCUUUACGACCAGGUUGAUCUCACGCAGUAUACCAUGACGAACCUUGUACGCGACUUGAUGUGUCUGGUAUACAAGCUCGGUUACACUGAAGUUGCAUGCAUCAUUGGCCAUGACUUUGGUGGUGUCUCCUCUGCCAUGUCAGCUUUGAUGCGGCCGGAUGUGUUCAAAGCGACCAUCCAGAUGAGCCAUCCACACCAUCCGCCGCCCACACCACAAUUCGACGACCAGCCUCAAAAAGCUGUCGUAGACAUCCAAGCCGAACUGGCCAAGCUGAACCCACCGCGAAAGCACUACAAAUGGUAUAACUCAUCACCCGAAGCAGCCAACGACUGGAAUUAUCCUUCGCAAGGCCUAGAAAAGUAUCUCCGAGGCUACUUCCAUCUCAAAUCAGCCGAUUGGGACCACAACAAGCCUCAUUCCCUGCCGGCAUGGGGAGCGAAGGAUAUCGCCAUCAUGCCGGAAUACUACGUCAUGAGGAAAGAAGACUCCUUCCCGCAGAGCGUGGAAAGGAACAUGCAAGGCGAAGACUACUCCAAAACAGAAUCCUGGCUGACACCCGAGGAGCUGGCCAUCUACGUCAAAGAAUGGAGCAGGACCGGCUUCCAGGGAGCAUUGAACUGGUACCGUGCGCAGACAGCAUCAACUCCACAGUCGAAGAAAGACAUGUUCCUGUACGCUGGACGAAGGCUGGAAGUGCCCUGUGCGUUCAUCAGCGGCAAGCAGGACUGGGGAAACUACCAACAACCCGGUGCCCUGGAGGCUUAUGAAGACGAGAAGAGCGUGAAGCCUGGGUGCUUCAAGGGCACGACUAUGGUGGAUCAUGCUGGACAUUGGGUGCAGCAGGAACAGUCUGAGGUUGUGACGAAGGCGGUUCUGAACUUCUUGAAGCAAUUGUAA